GCAUACAGGCUGUAUCUUCUAUGUAAUUUGAAACCGUUGUGCGUGUGCUGGCGGACGAACUCUAAAGCCUCUCUCCAGUAAUUCUUUUCCUUUCCCCACGUUCUUAGAGCGGUUCGCAAGAAACAGAAGAUGACCGUGAUCGACAUUCUCACCAGAGUCGACGCGAUCUGCAAGAAAUACGACAAGUACGACAUCGACAAGCAGAAGGAUCUCAAUGUCUCCGGCGAUGAUGCCUUCGCUCGUCUUUACGCCGUCGUUGAAGCCGACAUUGAGGCCGCUCUUCAGAAAGCGGAUACUGCAUCUAACGAGAAAAAUAGAGCGUCUGCGGUUGCUUUGAACGCCGAGAUUCGUCGGACCAAGGCUCGAUUGCUGGAGGAGGUCCCUAAGUUGCAGAGACUGGCUAUAAAGAAGGUUAAAGGGCUUUCAACAGAAGAACUUGCUGCUCGUAAUGAUUUGGUCCUUGCAUUGCCGGAUAGGAUCCAAGCAAUACCAGAUGGGGCUGCAACUGCACCCAAACAAACUGGAGGUUGGGCAGCUUCAGCUUCUCGUACAGAAAUCAAAUUUGAUUCAGAUGGACGAUUUGACAGUGAAUACUUCCAACAAACUGAAGAGUCUAGUCAGUUCAGGCAAGAGUAUGAAAUGCGGAAAAUGAACCAAGACCAAGGUUUGGAUGUGAUAGCAGAAGGUUUGGACACAUUGAAAAACAUGGCCCAUGAUAUGAAUGAGGAAUUGGAUCGGCAAGUUCCUUUGAUGGAUGAGAUUGACACCAAGGUGGACAAAGCAACAGCUGACCUCAAGAAUACUAAUGUUAGACUUAAGGACACUGUUAACCAGCUGAGGUCCAGUCGAAAUUUCUGCAUUGAUAUUAUUUUGUUGUGUGUAAUUCUGGGAAUUGCUGCCUAUCUAUAUAAUGUAUUGAAGAAGUGAACUGAUGCAAAGGCCUACUUAUAUCAGUUCAUAUGGUGUUUCGUUUGUGUGUUUAGCUUUGUUUGAGGACUUGGUACGCUGCUUGAUUCUGGAUUAGAUUUUUUUCUUUUUUUUUUCCUUGUCAUGUUUGAAGGUUUUUUGUUUACACUCGGAAAUUGUACUUCUCUCGGAUGCAAAUUUGGGUACAUUAAAUAUUUCUCUAUCAAUAUUGUUGUUUUUUGUUGCAA